CAUUUGAAGCUGAAAUUAUGGCUGUUUCUCCAGCCGAUAAGCCAACAUUUCUCGAUAGUACUCUUGCAACUAUUCUGAUUCAAGACAAUGAUGAUGCUACUGUGUCACUGAAUAUGGCCACAUACACUGGAACUGAAGGAGACCCCACAUUUGGUGAUGUCUGUGCAGUAGCAGUGCUCUCUGGAGCUGGUGGAAGUUUUGAGGCUGAUUUGGUGGUCACACUUGGUACUUCAGACGGCUCAGCAGAGAGUGCUAGUGACUUCACUCUAACCACGUCAAUGGUCACCUUUGGCUCUGGAGAUAGCUCUGGGAGCUCCAAGUGUUUUGCGUUCAAUCUGAUCGAUGAUAUGAUACUGGAAAAUGAUGAGGUAUUUGGUGUGGAAAUAACAGGUGCUGGAGGAGCUAGUUUUGGAGCUCCAUCAACAGCAGUUGUUACAAUUGAAGACAAUGAUGCGGGAGAGGUUAUGGCAGUUAUGACUGGUCUCAGUAUUGCUGAGGGGAGUAAUGAUGAUUUCUGCAUUAGACUGAUUGGCACAACUGGCUCUCCAAAUAUGCUGGCCAGUAACCUGACAGUUACCUUUUCAAUUACCAACGACAAUGCAGUGGCUGAUGACUAUACUCUGACGCCAGCAGCUGCAACAUCCGUCACAAUUUUAGCAGGAGCCAUACCCAGUUCAGAUUGUGUGACUGUGGAUGCAGUUGAUGACCUCUUUGUAGAGGGAGCUGAACGCUUUACUUUUACCAUUACUUCGGAU